AAUACUUGAUUAAAACACGUAGGAAUGAUGCAAGAAGGAUUGUUCCAUACAAUAACGCCACACACCUUAGAGAGCCACAGUUUUUUAGUAUUUUAGCUUUAAAGGUUUAUCCAGUUUAAGCCUUAAAAGUGCUAACAGUUUUGCUAUAUAUUAAUUAUUUACACAGGCCAUAAGAAAAUUAUCAGAAGGAGACUUGAGUAUUUUGAGAGCUAUGAGUGCUCAUUCUUUUAACUUGCACUGGACUAAAAUCUGGUGCAUUUCUGGCGUGUCUCAAUAUUUUUAAGAUUGUGCUUAACAGCAAGGUGUACUUUUGUGAAGAUUUACACACUAGCCUCCUCGGCAGGAACGGCUAAAGUUCAGUACUAGAGACGGAUACAUUCUUCAGCGUGUUUUUGAUCAUAUAAGGAUCACACUUAGAGCACGGUACUAAUAACGCCAAGGUCGAUCCCUGUAUAGGCCGUUCACCGAGGAGCUGGACUCAGUGGUCCUUGCGGGUCCUUCCAGCUCAGAAUAUUCGGUGACGCUGUGAACACUGCUUGUGCAAAGCGCACUGCACGCACAACUUUGGGAUGGACGCCCACGAAACAAGGAGUCAAAACAAUUCAAGCCGGCGGGCAGUAAGAAAGCUCGUGAAGAAUCCCAACAUUCCAUUUUGUUCACUUAAGGAGAGCAGUAGGAAGGGCAGAGACACGGGCGGGCGGGCCUAGGGCGGACAGAGCCGGGGUGCUGCGCUCCCUGCGGGCCCAGGCACGGCAGGUUCGCCUCGCCCAGCCGGACGGCGGCCAGGAGAGGUCCCGGCGUGGCAGUGCCCGGCCGGCGGCUGCGGGACCCCCCCGAUGCCGCCCCACCGCCCGCCCCGCUGCGACGGGCCCGCGCCCUCCCCUUCCUGCCCCCGCCCCGCAGGGGACCUCUUAAGAGGAGGGGGCAGCGUCUGGAGGGCUUGGCCGGGGGACGGGGCUGCUCCUGCGGGAGCUCCAGGGUUGAGUCGGACGGCCCAAGACUAACAGGGAGGAGGAAGGGAGAAAAAAAAAAGGGGCAGCAAAAGAAGUAUAAAAAAAAAAAGAAAAAGAAAGUAAAUCAGGACGUGCGAAAAUAGGGAAAGGUGGGGCGACAAAGCAAAAACCGCGGGGGGACGCGGUCCGCAGGCUGCGCGCAGCGCGGGGAUGGUGCGCCCCGGCGGGCUGUGCCGCCUGCUGCUGCUGCUGCUGCUGCAGGGCUCCCUCCUCCUGCUGGCCACAGCCCGGCACGGCCGCGCCGCCGCCUGCCCGCUCCGCAGAAAGGCCACCUGUGCUGUCUGUUGACAUCUCCUUGGACCUGGUGUGCUUCUGGGAUAUGUGUACCACCACUUUACUUCUCUCCUGGGCAGGGUAGACGCCACCAGCACAGCUCCUAAGGAAAUUGGAGGCCCUUAGAAGUAAGUGCAGACCUGCUGCACUGGGGAGGUGCUAAAGCCACAGCAGCAGGCUCACUGCAGGGCUGUUCUGAGAAAGUUUUGCAGCUGAAGAAUGUCUGCUCUGUGGCUGUACUCUGUUCUCUCACCUGCUCAUGCACCUACAUGUAGCCCUUGUUCUUAGGGCCUUCCUGCAUCUGUGACCAUGCUGGUUCCCCAGAAUAUCUUCUAGGAUUUAGGGCAUUAUGGAAUCAGACAUAUGCCAAGCUGCAUGUGCUUCACUGGAGGUGUCUGCGUGAGCCUGAGUUAAGCAGAGCCUUGUGGGACGGUGUCUUUACAAUUUGUUUGGAACCAGUUUGUCAGCUGGAUUUGUAGGUGGCCAGCUGUGACACUGCCGUAAAGCCAGGUCAAGCCUGUGGAGUGGGUGCCGCCUUUCCCUCGAGGGCAUAAGGUGCAAAAGCCUGGGGGCUGGUACGAAACUACUGCAAGGAGCUAGUGAGAGCAAGGACAACAAAAAGGACAGCCUCUGAACAGAAGUCGUACUUGUGGAAAUGGAUAACUUCACAGGUUGGGUGGGACAUGCCGGAAGUUUUUCUCAGGAACAAUUGACUGGACUUCUGCCAGUUCCUAGCCAAGGCUGGAGGUGCAAUGUGAUAAUGCAAAAUGAGCUGAACUCCUUCCUGUGGACAAUCAAGAGAGAUCCCCCAUCUUAUUUCUUUGGCACCAUCCAUGUCCCAUACACGCGUGUCUGGGAUUUCAUCCCAGAGAACUCCAAGAAAGCCUUCCAGCAGAGCCACAUCGUGUACUUUGAGCUGGAUCUCACUGAUCCCUACACCAUCUCAGCUCUCACCAGCUGCCAGCUCCUGCCACAGGGGGAGAACCUCCAAGAUGUGCUGCCCCGUGACAUCUACCGCCGGCUGAAGAGGCACCUGGAGUAUGUCAAGCUCAUGAUGCCGUCCUGGAUGACCCCGGACCAGCGGGGCAAGGGGCUGUAUGCAGACUACCUCUUCAACGCCAUUGCUGGCAACUGGGAGCGGAAGAGGCCGGUCUGGGUGAUGCUGAUGGUGAACUCCCUGACAGAGGUGGACAUCAAAUCGCGAGGCGUGCCCGUCCUGGAUCUGUUCCUGGCCCAGGAGGCGGAGCGGCUGAGGAAGCAAACGGGCGCUGUGGAGAAAGUAGAAGAGCAGUGCCACCCCCUGAAUGGGCUGAACUUCUCCCAGGUGGUCUUUGCUUUGAAUCAGACUCUCUUGCAGCAGGAGAGCCUCCGAGCAGGCAGUUUCCAGAUCCCCUAUACGACAGAAGACCUUAUCAAGCAUUACAGCUGUGGGGACCUCAGCUCCAUCAUCUUCAACCAUGACACUUCUCAAGUCCCAAAUUUCAUUAAUGCUACACUUCCAGCCCAUGAACGCAUUACUGCCCAAGAAAUAGACAGCUACUUCCGACAGGAGCUCAUCUACAAACGAAAUGAGCGAAUGGGCAGGAGGGUGAAGGACCUGCUGGAAGAGCACCCAGACAAGAGUUUCUUCUUUGCAUUUGGAGCUGGUCACUUCAUGGGCAACAACACAGUGAUUGAUGUUUUGAGGAGAGAAGGGUACGAGGUAGAACACACUCCAGCUGGACAAGCCAUCAACAACCGAAAAUCUCCCAAAACCUUGUUAGCCUUCUCGUCAUCACACAGUCCCUAUGCUAUGUCCCAUGAGCUCCCACUGCACCCCCAGAAGGAGAAGGAAGAGGAGGAGGAAGAGUUCCUGCCUCACCUGCUGUUCCCUGACAGCAUUGAUGUGCUCAUGAAAGUAGACAGGAAGUACAAAAAGAAGAAGAAAAAGCAUCAGAAGAAGCAAAGAUUGCGACAAUUUAACGAUCUCUGGGUUCGCCUUGAAGAAAGUGCUACUGAUCCUCCUCCGCGGAUCCGCAUCAUUAAUGGAUACAUCACGGUGGAGCCCCAGCCCCGGGGCCACGGGCGGUCCGGUCACGCUCGCGCAGACACCAGCAGUGCUCACCGGUUUUCCCAUUCUCUCCUCCUUCCACUACUGACUUUGACUUUGCAUAACAUAAUGCUUCACUGAAACACAGGAGGAACCAAGCUGCAAGACUCUUGCCUUAAAAAUCAAAAAAAGAAACUUAUGCAAAAAAAAAAAAGAAAUAGAAGACUAUGAGUGGGACACCUGUUCUUUGGAGUGUUCUUAAACUGCCUCCUUUUCCUGAGUCUGGAUCAUUAAUUCUUUUCUGGUUUGACCUGCCCAAUACAGGAGAAGGUAUUUAAAUGAAAGUGUUAUUUAUCCUUCUCUUGCAGAAGAAUGAUUUCAUGUUAUCCCAUAAUACUUUGGGGAAAUUAUAAUGCCGCUAUAACAUAGCUGUUGGUUAGCUGUUUGAGCCCAUCUAAAGUACAUAUUUCUCACCUUCAGUGCCUUGUGAAAAGAUUUACACACCACUGACUUGUUUAUUGGAACAGAGUAUUUUGAUCAUAUGAGCACAGCUGGGAAAGAGAGUUAGUAUUUAAUGUCUCUACUGGUAAUGCUUUAAAUUCUUGCUUGUUGGGGCUCCAGUUUACAGAUAAAAAUUCAUGGCAACACCUACAAUAAAAUAAAACAGUGAAGACUUGUGAACAAGAAUGUUUCUGUUGUCUCUUUGGUGCUA